CAACUUCAAAACAACACACAGGCAACUUAGAAGAUAGUUUGAGUUCAGUCUCAAUAUCAGAUCAAAAGCCAAGCAAGCCAUCUAUAGAUGACGAUGAUAAUGAACUUGAAGCACCCCCACCAGUUGCACCGAGGCCCGAACACACACGCUCCAAAUAUUAUUCACGGAUCGAACCACCUCCACAACCUGCCGAACCAAAAUCACCUCCACCAGCACAGACACCGAUGGAAAGGACUCGUGAGAAACAAAAGAAGAAGAAGAUGAGUGAUGAAGAAAUUCUAGAAAGAUUAA